GCAUGUCGGAGAUUUUGAAACGGUUUUAAUUUUAGAUUGGAAAUGUCGUAGCCUGCGUUUCUGAAAUUAUUUACAAAGCUAAGGCCAUGUUGGCACAGAAUCCUUGACAUCUGUAUCGCUGAUUCCCGUAAACAGUGCACAUCGACGGCUAUUGCCACGACGGCUAUUCUCAUACACCAAGUUCAUUUCUUUUCAAGUGGCCUACGACACAGCACGCCCAAAAUGUGUUGCACAGUUCCACAAAUAGUCUUCCUUCUACAACUAGCAGGCGUUGCUACAGCUGUGAAGUUCUCAGUUCUGGUCGGCAAUGCUACAGUCCUACGUGGGGGCUCGGUCACUCUGCCGUGCUGGCUCUCCCCCACUACGGAUGCCGAGGGGAUGGAGGUGCGGUGGUACUUGAAGGAAUACCAAACACCUGUGCUGCUCUACCAUAACGGCAAACUCCAGAACGCUACUCAAAUGGAGCAGUAUCAAAACCGCACUACACUUGUGCCCCGUGAGCCAUCUAGUAGCCUGAAACAAGGGGAUGUGUCAAUAAGAAUUGAGGAUGUGAAACUGACCGACGUCGGGAAGUUUACAUGCUAUGUCAGCAGCAGUGAGCACUAUGACAGCGAUCAUGUGUUUCUCAAAGUAGAGGAGAUCGGGGCUUCUCCGAUCCUGUCUCUAUCAAAGUUUAACGAUGGCCGGAUUAACGUGAGCUGCAUGUCCACCGGGUGGCAGCCGGGUCCUUUGCUCCAGUGGUCCCUUGGGCCCCAACAGGUGCUCAAGCCCGGGGGCCUGAGGCAGUCCCGGGGGACCGGUGGUCUGGUCACUGUGCAGAGCUGGGUGGUCCGCCCCUCCUCAGAGUCCGGGUGGAUCUCCUGCUCCGUGUUUCUGCCCAACAGGAAAGAGCAUCUGAAGGAGGCCAGGGUGGAUGUGAACAUCGAAUUACUAGGUGUAUCAUCUUGGAUGGUAGCUUUCAUCAUACUUGUAACCCUGCUGUUGGCAGCAAUAUGUGCCCUUCUAUUAUACCUGAAAAAGAAGAAAGGUUUUCCCAUGGGAACAGCAGAGGAAAGUAAUGUUGCCCUGAUAAGAGAAGAUGUUCCCCAUGGAGCAGCAGAGGAAUUGAAUGCCCUGUUAAGAGAAGAGGUAGACUUCAUUUGGUGUGAAGCUCCGGAGCUUGUAUACUCUGAGGACAUGAAAAGUCUUGCCGUGGACAUCUCCGUGAACAAGGAUGCAGCUCCAGCUUGUAUGGCAGUUGGUAAAAAUGGUAAAAUGAUGCGGGACAAACAUGACUGUGACCCUACUGACUAUGACCUCUGUGUCCUGGUAAACCCAGGCUUCACUAGUGGGCAGCACUACUGGGAGGUGGGAUUAAAAAGGGAUGGAACUCCAGUCAAGAACUCCUGGUGGGUGGGAGUGGCAACAGACUCAGCAGUGCAGUCGAUGAGGGAGCAGAAGUCCAUGCCGACUAGUGGCCUGUGGUGCCUCUACUCAGACAACAAGCAUGGAGUCCACACCAAAUCAGGAUCUUCUCACUACAUAUCUAUGGCAUCAAGACCUGAGGUAUUAGGCAUCUUCCUUGAUUAUGACAAUGGGCGUCUGUCCUUUUAUGAUACAAAACUAAAACGUCAUCUUGUCACCAUUAAAUCGAACUUCAGGGAAACGGUGUAUCCUCUUUUCAAUCCUAGCAAAGGUGAUAAAGCAGUACUUGAUAUUUUGUCUUUGCCUGUUGCUACACCUUUGCCUGUUGCUGCACCUGAAGUCAAUAGCACAGCAGCAACUGCUACUGAAACAUGAUGACGUUAAAUAAUGCAUAAUUUGUCUGGCAAAGCCAAAUCAUACAGUUGAAAUUGUAUAAAGAUUCUUCACUCUUCCGGUUUUUACUAUAAUUAAGUAAAUGUGAGAUCAACUCAGAUCAACUACACACUUACAUAUUAUACCUUCAAGAACUGUGUGCUGUUCAAGCUGAUUGCCGAAUGGGGUUAAUAUUAGGAAUCAAGCCUACCAGCCAAAUAUAUGACUAAUUCCAUUGCAUUUAAUAUAUUUGCUCACUAAAUAAAUCUCUUGACCAUUUGAAGUAAAAUAGAACACGUCCACAUUAUUGUGAUUGUGCCUUAACAAAGAUGUUAGUGCUCUGGUGGAGCAAUACAAAAAAGGCAAUGUGAUGUCGUCCUCCAUUUGUAAAAACAUCCCCACUAGUCUGCAAUCUGCAUUACUCUGUACUUCUAAUAACAACAAUAAGUAACAAUCAUUUUUAAUGCUAAAUUUGAUGCAGAAGAAAUGGUUAGCACUGAACCACUACAGUUUUUAGUCAUAUGUAGCCUACACAUCUCACUUCAUCAUACACUAUAUAUCUUUCUAAAACGGAUAGUUCCGGUCCUUGAUUGUGAUUGGCUGAAUCGCGUUCGAUGCCGUUGUAAAUAUCAUGAUAAACUCACACCUUGACCGCAUUUCGUUCUAUAGUAAUACGCUACCACAAAACUAGCACAAAAGUUAGAGUGGCUGCGUCUUGUUGUUGCAUGGCAACCAUUCAUAUGGAGGGAAUAUAUUUCUUGGUGGAAGAAAGAUUAUCUAUGAAUACAUUGUUACAUUGUUGUUGCUGUGGCUUCGUUUCAUGAAAUCUUGCUAGAUCGACGUAGUAACCGUUUUAGGAAAAGCAAUAAGCCACUCGAGU